ACUGACCGACCGACUGACUCACCUGUUUCGCGUGCCAAAAGUUUAUUUGAUUUCAUGCAAAAGGCAGUUGGCGUAAACAAAACGUGUCCAAAGCACUGGAAGAGUCAUCUAUCGCUCUGCCUGGAAGUUGCGUCAGACUCACGCAGCUUCCAAGACGGUUUCGUGGGAAACUGGCGAAUCUGCUCUGCGACAUUCACCGUUCUGAGUUGGCCCCAAGUGCACGUGGGCCAGCUUUCAGUUUCGGUGCCAUUUCACCCCGAACAGCAAGACCAUCAGACUAUAGAAUUUACCAUAAAUAAAUCCAAAGGCAGUGGCUCUGUAAUCAGCCAGCCAAUUUUCCCAUUCUCCUCAGUGCGCGAAUUUUGCGAGCCCUGUGAUUCGGCUUUUGUGCAACUUUUCACCGUAUAAUUGAAAUUAAUGAUCAUUGUGCGGGGUGGCUGUGGGUGUGUAAUUCCGGUUUCGCUGUUCCAAAAUAACUCUAAUGCCCCGCAUUUAAUCUUGAAGAAAUCGCGGCACUUUGCUAUAUUAAAGUGUCACACCGGGGACAAAUAUCACUCAAAGUUUGGCGUAAUUCAUCUCACAAAUUGAUAUGUGGACAGCCAGGUGUGAAAUAUAGUCCAGGGAAAGUAGAAUCACCUCUGGGAGUCCAAGUGAGAGCAGCUCCCCAGGGCACUGAUUUCCUUAUUUAUACGUGUUAGCAAGUGAAACAACUGAGGGGGGAUUUAAAAAAAUACAAUAAACUCCCUACGCUCUUGCUUUCUUGAUAUAAAUGUAAUUGUUUGUAAUUUUUAGUUUCUCCUCUUCGAUUUCCCAUACCCAUAGAGUAUUCCUUAGGGACUGAAUAAAAUAUAACUAUAUUUGAAAUGUAAUUUGCACCAAGACUCGCAAUCAUCGAACUCCCUUUUCCAGAAUGCAAAAUUGAUUGCAGCGCAUCAGCGGCAAUUUAGCAAACAGAAUACAGCAUGCGAAGGAAAAAGAAAAGUGUAAUGAUAGCGCCAAGGAACCCAAUUCGACUUUAGUGCCAAUUGUGCCGUGCGAAAUGCUGUUAGUGCCGCGUUGUUGUCCGUGUCCAUGUUGUGAUUACAUAAUGAGACGCUGCUGAAAGUCAAAGUCCAAAGUCCAAGGAGAAGUCCCAAGUGUAUGUAAGCCAGGCGGCGGCAGCCAUAUCUCAACUCGCCGCAACUAACUCAGCCGAAGUAGAAGGCGAAGCAAAAGGACCAGCCUAUCAACCGACUGCAGGAUUCCGAGUAGCGUGAGGAGCAGAAGGAUGCCUUUCGGCCGCAAGUCCCCGCUGGAGGCUCUGGCCCUUCCCGGCGUCAUGCUCGCCUACAAGUACAGCCAGUUCCGCCAGCGUCGCCGGGAGGCCGCCAGCCGACGGGUCACCGAGCGCGAACUCUCGGCGCUGCACCAUAAAAUCGACAAACUACUGAGCAAACUGGAGGAGGAGAGCGAACCGGAUCCUCCAACCUCUCAAGAGGACGAGUGUGUGAUCUGCAUCAAUGCCCGUGCCACCAUGCAGACAUCUCCAUGUGGCCACCGCGUCGUCUGCCGCCGCUGCUUUGUGAAGACCAUCCAGAGUGCGGUGGCCCAGCGCCUGUUGCCGCUGCGCUGCGUCAUUUGCCGAGCUCGGGUUAAUCGUCUGACCUCGUCCUCCGGCACUUGGCGCAUCCAGGAGUCGGCCAGCAGCUACUCGAUGGGCGCCAAGAGUUGGGCCUCCGCCGGAGUGGCCGCCGGCGGGGUGGUGCCCUCGGCCAGCUCCUACUCGAUGAACGAUGCGCACAGCGGGCACCACUCGUUCCACCAGCCCACGCUGCACAAGUCGGCGGUGGGACGACAUCAUCCGCAUCAUUACACCGCCCGGGGAUCGGCCCAUGCCCGUGUCUCCCAGUCGGACAGCCUGUACUCGAUGAGCUCGACGGGAUCGGCGGCUUCAUCGGCCUCCGGCUAUUCGCACUACUCCAAGACGUCUUCCAUAUCGAGCAACGGUCCCUGCUCACCGGCCUCGCCGGCCGUGGCUUCCAGCUCCAAUCACCUGGCGCCGCCAUCGCCCACCACCCACCAUCACACACACAGCCUGGCCUCGCCCACUCCAUCCGGAUCCUCGGGCAGUUCCCUCUCACCGCGCGAAAAUGGAACAUCACAUUCGCAUCAUGGUGGCUGUCCAAUUGGUUGCUCCGGUGCCGUGCCAAGGAAACCGCUGCACACGCUCACCAACAGCUCCUCCACGCCCAUCUCCGGCUCAUCGUCGAGCGGAAGUGGCGGAGGAGGUGUGGGCGGAAACGGAAGUGUAGCCAGUGGAAUGAUGACGCCUACGCACACGUAUCCUGGUCGAAGGCAUGUGAAGAACCGACUGAUGGACAUCCAGAACCGCCUGCCGCCGAUCAAGGAGUUCCGCAGUCCGGCCAAAGUGCCGCAUCCCUCGCCCGUGCACGUCAGCAAUCCAAGAUUUCGUUACUCCACUUAUACAAAGUCCAGUGCCCAUGAACUGGCCCCAUUGCUGCGUGAAUCCGGAUCGUCGCCACCGCCACGUCGCCCCAGUCCGAUGAACAUCCAGCUGAGCUGCUCCGCACUGGCCCCGCCCCCUUUGAAGGCGGGCGGGGCAAAGAUCUGCCCACUAACCUCGAAGAACUCGCUGCCGAAAAACGCUUACGUGAUGCCCAAGGACAAGAAGCCGCCAGCUUCUGUUCCGCAGGGUAAAACCACUGGUACUGCCUCCAAGUCGACUCCACAAGGAGCAGGCUGCUCGAGGUCCACAGCCGGAUGCUCUGCCAGCAAUUCAGGAUCAACUGGAGCUGGAUCGGCUAGUAAUCCCAAGCCAUCGUCAAGCUCUUCCAGUCGCAGUUUUCCGCUUUUCUCCGCCGCCAGCAAUCAGAGAGAGAAGGCUGACAAUAAGAAGAACGAGUCCGUUGAGCGCAAGAAGAAGGAGGAAAAGCUCAAGCUGAAGGCAGAGAAGGAAGCCAGGAAGGAGGAAAAGCGACUGGCCAAGGAGGAGGAGCGUCUGGCCAAGCUGCACGCCAAGGAGGAGAAGAAGCGGGGCAAGAAGGAGGCCAAGGAACUGCUGUUGGCCAACGAUGCCAAUAGCAAGAAGUAAGGCCAGGGCACCCAAUAAGCCAGCAAAACGCAUAUUUCCAGUUGCAAUUCUAGCCAUGUAAGACCAUCACCAAGUACCCGUGUAACCGUACUAUAUCAAACCAGAUCAGAACCAGGAGCGGAUGGAAUCAGACCUCCAUCUCACACUCACCUCAACACCCCCACACAUGAAACGAGCUUGAUUGUAAUUUUAUGAUCGUAUUUUGUCAGUUAGGCCUCAAUCAUUUCCAUAAUUUUGUACUCGAAAUAGAACAAAGUAAAGCCAAAUAUUUAAAAACACUACUAUAGUUUCUUAAAAACAAAAAAUUCACUGUAGAACUCUAAAAUUUAAUUCACCUUCAUUGUAUUUACGUCUGCAUAUUUACUUGAUUGUGGGCGUUUUUGGCAUUUAAUGCUUUUAGUUCAAAAGAAACAAACUAUGCCAAACAUUUGUAUGAAUGAUAAACCUUUGGCAAGCACUGAUUUUUCCACUAAUAUUUUGCAUUCAUUUCGUUCCUAGUUUUAAGCAGAAACUUCCACUUAGUUUUCAUUGCGUUCACUGCCCACUUUCAUAACUCUUCACCGUCUAGAGAUAUGAUAAGAAUAGGAUGAUAUUGCUGCCUUUCGUUCGAAAUUGCCUCUCAGUUUCAGCUCAUAUGAAUCAUUACCAAUUAAAAGGUUGUUGAUACACUUUCAAUUAGAACAGAUUCUGAUGAAAAUAUCCGUAAUAGUCCUUUUUACUUUCAAGUUUCCGAAUACUAGACUACUAAACCGAAUACCCCUUAAUAGAGAGAACCUCAGCUCGAGAUAUAGAACCAUGACCACUGAAAGGCAACCGAUGUUGGAGCCAAGCUUUAGCAAACGUAAGCCAGAAUCUGAAUAUAUUAUAAAACUAUGUACUACCAGUAUGUUAACAUGUUGACUAACAAAUUACAAAAGGCGAGAGCAUAUUAAAGUAGUUUUCAUAUACCCCUCUAUAUAUAUUAUAUAUAUAUCUGUAUCUGUAACUAAAUCUAUAGAAUCCAUACCUAUAUUGGAAACUGUUCAAAGGCAAACAUAAGCAAUGUUUCGAUGUAUGUACGUGUAUAUGUGUUACCAAGAUUGUUUUAAAAACAGACAAAGAUAUCCCCCAAAAAGUGGGGAACGCAAAAACCCAAUAAAGAAUCAAUUAUGUUGAAA